AUAACUACGAAUCGGUUUGGUGGUUCCAAAUUCCGCCGGCGUCACACUCUGCGGCAGCGGCAGCCCCUCAUUUCUCCUAUUGUUAACCACUUCGUUUCGUGCUCCUCCUCCUGCGCGGGCCUUCGGCGGAGGUUUGACGAAGGGAAGAGGCUAAGAGCGAGAGUGUGUGAUAGGUUAACAUGUCGGUUAUGAUCGUGACGAGCUUGGGCGACAUCGUCGUGGAUCUAUAUACUGAUCGCUGCCCCUUGACCACGAAGAACUUCCUCAAGCUCUGCAAGAUGAAAUACUACAAUGGUUGUCUGUUCCACACAGUUGAGAAGGGCUUCAUGGCCCAAACUGGAGACCGUACUGGAAUGGGCAACGGAGGCGACUCAAUAUACAAAUUUCUUUAUGGCGAACAGGCUCGCUUUUUUGAUGAUGAAAUUCAUCCUGAUUUAAAGCAUUCAAAAAUUGGCACUGUGGCAAUGGCUAGCGCUGGUGAAAAUUGCAAUGCCUCCCAGUUUUACAUUACACUGCGAGAUGAAAUAGACUACCUUGAUGGAAAGCACACGGUGUUUGGUGUUGUUGAAGAGAAAGAAAGCUUAGAUAGCUUAGUAAAAAUAAAUGAAUCCUAUGUUGAUGCUAAAGGUAGACCUUUCAAGGACAUCAGAAUCAAGCAUACAUAUAUUUUGGAUGAUCCCUUUGAUGAUCCAUCUCAACUUGCCGAAUUUGUUCCUGAGAAAUCCCCAGAGGGAAAACCACCUGAAGAGGUAGCAGAAGAGCGUCUGGAAGAUAGCUGGGUUCCCAUGGAUGAAAAGAUAAGUGCUGGAGAACUUGAGGAAGUGAUUCGUUCUAAAGAGGCACACACUAAUGCAGCGAUUCUAGAGAGUAUAGGAGACAUUCCUGAUGCUGAGAUGAAGCCACCAGACACUGUGCUGUUUGUUUGUAAACUUAAUCCUGUGACUCAAGAUGAGGAUCUAUAUACAAUUUUUUCCCGAUUUGGGGCUGUAACCUCAGCUGAUAUUAUUCGUGAUUACAAAACUGGUGAUAGCUUAUGCUAUGCUUUUAUUGAAUUUGAGAACAAGGACGCAUGUGAACGUGCAUAUUUCAAGAUGGACAAUGCACUAAUAGAUGACAGAAGGAUACGUGUUGAUUUCAGCCAGAGUGUUGCCAAGUUGUGGAAGCAUUUUAGGCAUGGUAAAAGGUCAACAAAAGAUGGUUGCUUUAAGUGUGGUGCUCCUGAUCACAUUGCUCGUGACUGUAUGGAAGAACCGGAUGGCAAGGAAGAAGGCCCAAAAUAUAGUCUUAAAGACGCCAACACCCAGCAUGGUGGACAUGAUCAUAAGAGUUAUGACAUGCUGUUUGAUGAAGAGGAGAUAGAAAAUACAGAGCAAAAGCAGUCAAAGAAGAUAAAGACCAGUCACUAUAAGUUGGAGAAUCCAAGACAUCUUGAUCAGGACAACAAAAGCUCAGCUAGGCACAGACAUGAAGCCGAUCGAAGUAGGCGGCAUCAAGAAGAUGAGAAAGAUAAAUCGAACGGAAGGGAUGACCGGCGCUAUAUUGACCGGCGGACGGAGAAAAAUGGAGAUAGAGAGCAUUAUAGAAAGAAUGAUGGUAGCAAGCAUAGAACUGAUGAAGGAGAUUACAAGUCCGGAAGUCGCCGAGAUGAGAAGGAUGCAUAUGACAGUGAGAGUUACAGGAAGGAUGAAGGAGAACAUGGGAAGAGGAGAGCGGAGAGGGACCGGCAUAGAAGAGAUGAUAGAUCCUAUGAAAGGAGCAGAGACCGAGACGAGGAGUCUUACAGGGAGAGAAGGCAUAGGGAUGGGAGGAGAUAAAGCUGUAGAAACCUUAACCUCUACAAAAUGGAUAACCAAAGUCGAGAAACUGUUCACUUUCAUUUACUUCAGCAUAAAAUGCAUCAAUAACAAGCAUUUAUAUCCUUUAUUUUGAUAUAUAUACCACAUAAUUUUGCGCUGGAGCAAAGCAAUCGAUAUGAUCGAUCUGUCAUCAUCUUCGUAGAAAACAAUAAUUUUAUCUUCUUCGUAUCAAAUUUAACAUAUGUGCGGUCACCGGACGCCGUCCUGAGACGAAUCAGGAUGUGUCAUGUCACUUUUUUUGUUGUGUACUAGUGUAGUGUACCGGGUGACAUGGCGUAUCUUGAUUCGUCUCCGAACGGUCUGGCAACCGCACAUAAUAAUUUCUCCCAUCCUUGAGAUAGCAUCCCCACGAUGCGCUCCAAAUUCAUUUGCUUUGCGAUCAGUGUUGUCCUGCUUCUGGAGGGGGUUCUAUUUGGUGCAUAAGGAUCAAAUUAUUAUACCAUUUGAGAAAUUGAUGAUGAUAGAUAUAUAAUAGUAUUGUUUUUCUCUAUAGCCUUAUUUUUCUUAGAUUUGUAUAAAUAAAUGAUAUAAAUGUUGUCUGUGAUUGUAUUUUAUGCUGAAAGUAAAUGAAAGUGGACUUUUUUUCUUCUUGUUUGUCAAAUAAAACAAAGUUAUUUUUU